AUGACCCGCCAGAAGACCUUCAGUGCCAAGGAAAGGAAGCAGCACAGGCAAGAGAGCGAGCCAGUCGCCAGCACGGGCAAGAUCGCUCGGAAAAGAGCCCCCCUCUCGAGCGCAUCUCAGCAGAGACCGGCUCGACAUGAUUACUCUGUCUCUAGAUUUGAGGCGAAACGGGCGGAAGAGCGAAGACAGCAGUCACAGAGGCUACAGUCUCGCUUCAUCAAGCUGCCCGAUCAUCUCAAGGAACGCGCAAAGACAAAAUCGACAGAUAUCCUCAAAAGGCCAAUACCGCCCUGUCACCUCACUGAAGCAGAUGUACAGCUGCCGGAUGAGACAGCGCCUACAUGUCCUUACCGGCCAAAGUGGAGAUACACGAUGACAAAGCGUGAGGUCGAAGCGAAUGAAGAGAUGGCAUUUGCCAAUUGGCUCGCGACGACUGAUGAACUUGUCAACCCUGCAGCGAAAGUCGAGGAGGAUGAGCCUGUCGAAACGGAAGAGAGAGCACCGACCUAUUUCGAGCGAAAUCUCAACGUCUGGCGACAGCUCUGGCGCGUGACGGAAGUCUCUUCGAUCCUGCUCGUCCUCUUGGACUGUCGCUGUCCUCUGCUCCACUUGCCGCCCUCCCUGCAGACUUAUCUCAUCAAUCUGAAGCCGAAGAAGCAGAUCAUCUUGGUCCUGACCAAGACGGACUUGUCGAACGAAGCAGCGGAUGCAUGGACAACUUACUUACAAGAACGGUAUCCUGAUUAUCGUGUCGUCGCAAUAGAGAACUAUCCAGAUGCCACAAGCGCAAGCACGGGCAGGCAACGCAUCGUAAAAGCCAUACGAGCCUGCCAUGAAGAGCUGUGUCAGCCUCCGGCAGCCAUCACCGGUGACCCUGCCAAGGUCGCUCGUUGGAAGCCUCGAGUACUUACACCUAUCUCGUGGCCAAGUCUGCUCCUCGGCGCUCAGGAAGCAGAAUCGGACGACAUCGUCAUCGUGCCUGGGCAGAAAGCUAGACUGGACAGGGAGGCACGCAAAGCUCAGAGAAAGCUCAGAGAGACGCAGGCAAAGCAGCACACUGAAGACGUUCAUCAAGACGACAACAGAGCACCCACGAAGCUGACCAUCGGACUCAUUGGACAGCCCAACGUAGGCAAGUCUUCCCUGAUCAACUGCCUACUGGGACGCAAAGUCGUUCGCGCGUCUCGCACGGCAGGCAAGACAAAGCAUUUACAGACGAUGUUCUGGACGAAGCAGGUCCAGCUCGUCGAUUGUCCCGGUCUCGUCUUCCCUACGCGAGGCAGACUAGGCAUGGAGGCGCAAAUCCUGAGCAGCAUCGUGCCCAUCCAAAAUGUCGAUUCAGUCCUGUUUUGGCUCGCUGAGCGCAUGCCGCUCGAACGUCUCGUGAGGCUACAGAAAGACGACAGUCAUGACGAGUGGACGACCGAUCGGGUCCUGUCGAGUGCUGCUCUGGCGGCAGGCUUUGUCACCGCUAAGGCGGGUAGACCUGACACCAGUCGCUCGGCAGCUCAGAUCCUGCGGAGCAUUCAUGCCGGCGCAAUUGCUUGGUCGUUUCUCCCUCCAAGUAGAGCUCCGUCCAACGAUCGAGAGGGUCUCUGGGAGGGCAGGGAAGCAUCUGUGGAAUGUGCAGAAGAGGCGCUCGAGGAGGAACAUGAAGCCAGCGAGGCUGAGGAGACAGAUGGAGAGCAAUACUCCGAAGAAUCCGAGUCGGAGGCUAGCUCGAGCAGGCCAGUGUCGAAUCUACAGUCGACCGGCUUUAGCUUGCUUGAGCUGGAUGCUCUCACAGAGGCCACUGCUACACUCGGGCAUCGCACGCCUGCAGUCAUCGGCAUCUGGCUCUACCAUCCAGGCCAGAGCGACUCCAAUCUCGUCCGACACAGAGGGGCGGGCCAAAUCGGAUCGAACGCCGCCAAAGAGCUCAUUCGCGCUGCCGUCUCUACCGAAUCUCACCGUCAGCCUUCACGGCUUGCCCACACGACGCCAGACGACGAGCUCAGACCUCCUGGCGACACAAUCGCUGUGCUGACGCAUCUCCAGCCAACCUCGUGCGGCUACGAUCGUACAGCGACGACAAUCACCCACAAGCUACGCAACCACUCUUGGCACUGUCCCGAGAUAGACACGAGAUAA